GCCCUCCCCGUGCCGCAGACGCAAGCGGGGCGGUGGCCCCGGUUAAAGGAGAAACUUGACAGCGCCGCCGCCCGCUCCGCUCCGCGCCCGCUCCGCCGCCGCCAGCGCGCUCCGCUCCGCCGCGAUCUCUGCCUCCAGCACCGCCAAGAUGCUGCUGCUGCUGCUGGGGAUCAUCGUGCUGCACGUCACCGUGCUGGUGCUGCUCUUCGUCUCCACCAUCGUCAGUCAAUGGCUGGUGAACGGCGAGCGUGCGGCAGAUCUGUGGCAGAACUGCACCACCGGCGACCCCUUCCAGUGCAUGGCAUCCUCCUCCAACGAAUGGCUUCAGGCUGUCCAAGCCAUGAUGAUCCUCUCCGUCAUCUUCAGCGUGCUGUCGUUGUUCCUCUUCUUCUGCCAGCUCUUCACACUCACCAAGGGCGGCCGCUUCUACAUCACCGGAGUCUUCCAGAUCCUGGCAGGGCUGUGCGUAAUGAGCGGCGCUGCCAUCUACACCGUGAGGCACACGGACUGGCACCAAGCCUCGGAAAGCACCUCCUACGGCUUCGCCUACAUCCUGGCGUGGCUGGCCUUCCCCCUGGCCCUGGCCAGCGGCAUCGUCUACGUCAUCCUGCGGAAGCGCGAGUGACGCCGUGGGACAUGGCCGCGGCACCGUGACCUCCUCACCAGGGACGGGGCAGAAUAGACGAGAAAACGGAAAAGAAAAUUAACCAAAAAAACCCAAAAAAAACCAAAAAAGGAAUCGACCCUCCCAUCCAAACCAAACCCGACCGACCCCCCAGAGGAAACACUCAAAGGGUUCCUUGUUAAUUGAAGAUGUAUAUAGUAUCUAUGGUUUAAAAACCUAUUUAUAACACUUUUUACAUAUAUGUACAUAGUCUUGUUUGCUUCUGUUUGACCAUGCGCUGUUUUAAAGCCUAAAGCAAGUGCCUAAGGAACUCUCACUCCUAACAGUGUAACAGAGCGUGGUGAUUUCUCUCUCAUGCAAAAUCCUCUUUGAGCUGACCUCUCCUGCCCUGUCCCGGCCCGUCAGAGCCCCCAGCUCUGGUUUUAGGCUGGCGUGGAUCAUCCACGCCUGGUUCCACAGCCAGGGCUGGGCCCUGCUCCUGCCACAUGCUGUGAUCCACAGGGCACGUCCAGAUCUGACGGGAGACGCUUCCAAAAGGUUUGAAGGAUUUCGGAGCAAAGGCUUUGAUUGCCCCAAGUGCCUAAAUGACUUAUGUGCCUAAGUCCCACUGCCUUGCCGCCACACCCGCUGGGAAUUGGGGCUUUUAAAUCACUUAGGCCAAGCUGCAGCCCAGCCUGGGCCCUUCUCCCUUGCAUGGCUGCUGGGGCUGGGCUGUGCCGAGCGCUGGGAACUGCUGCUCUCAGCCUGGAACGUGCUCUGCCCCUGCCAUGGAGCUGAGCUGAGCUGGGAACUGCUGCUCCCAGCCCCUGCCAUGGAGCUGAGGUGUCCUGAGAAGGCAGCCAGCCCAGCCUGUCCCUGAAAUCCAAUACCAGAUGUAUGAAAUGGUGCUAUCUAUUUACCAUUCCUUACCCUGCUACGCCAUUUAACCUUAGUCACUGGAAAUUCAGUUAACGACCUUGAGGUAAACAACCAAGCUAGAAAUGAGAAAUAAUUCUGUGUAAUAUAAAUGAGCUAUAACUGCUUUUGUACUUAGAUUUGCUUUUACUAUUAUUUUUAAUAAAGCAUUUAUAACCAAG